AAGAGAUGAAAAAGAGGCGAGAUCGAGGAUGGAGAAUGUACUGUAGCGAAAGCUGAGGUGAAAGAAGGAUCACUUUAGAAGAGAGAGAGAGAGGGAGAGGGGGAGAACCGAAGCAGAGUGCAGCCCAACCACAUCCUCCGUACUACACGCUCGUGGUAACUGGUAGUAGUAACUUCCUCGCCCAUGGCGAUCUCCGGCGACGACAGGUACGCCCCCGCCGCCGACUCCGGCGGCGGGAAGCUCUGGAACCUCUGCCGCAUGCCCUUCAGGCAGGCCAGCGGCGCGCCGGCGCCAGCGUCGUCCUCCUCCUCGUCCGGGAUCCACCACUCGGCCGGCCGCUACGGCCAUGAGGCGCCCGUCGCCGGAGACGGCGGCGCCCCUGCCGCGCCGGCCGGGAUCUCGACGGUCGCCAAAUCUCUGCUGCCGGCGCGGCGCCGCCUCCGGCUCGAUCCGUCCAACAAGCUCUACUUCCCAUAUGAACCAGGCAAGCAGGUCAAGAGUGCAAUUAGGAUAAAGAAUACAAGCAAGUCACAUGUAGCAUUCAAGUUUCAAACAACUGCACCCAAGAGUUGCUUUAUGCGUCCUCCUGGAGCCAUACUUGCCCCUGGCGAGACUAUCAUAGCGACUGUUUUCAAGUUUGUCGAGCACCCAGAGAAUAAUGAGAAUGUUCUGCAGAAGUGCAAGGUCAAGUUCAAGAUUUUGAGCUUGAAGGUCAAAGGACCCAUGGAAUAUGCACCAGAAUUGUUCGACGAGCAGAAAGAUCAGGCAGUGGUUGAGAAGAUACUGAGGGUUGUUUUCUUGGAUGUUCAAAACCCAGGCCCUCAACUGGAAAAGCUGAACACUCAGUUAGCCGAGGCAGAAGCUGCACUUGAGGCGCGGAAGAAACCUCCAGAAGAGAAUGGUCCUAAAAUUGUUGGUGAAGGGCUUGUCAUUGAUGAAUGGAAAGAGAGGAGGGAAAGAUACCUCGCACAACAACAGGUUGAAGCGGUCGACUCGGUGUAAAUUGUACCUUCUUGUGCUAGAGCAGCAUAUGGCUUGAGCAAUGUGUUGUGAUAAUUCUUAUAAACUGCUAGGUUCUGCUAGUUUAGUGUGCGGUAGUUUAGAGUUGUGCUUGAAGGAUCGGUCUCCAGUGAACAAGCUAACCUUUGGUUGUUUCGGUACUCGCUGUGUAACAGAUAAAUUAAUUGGCUUGUCAGAACAAUAAAGUGCAUAUGCGUAGCUUCCGUUUA